GGUGUCGGCCGUCCCUUUCAUUCGCGGGUUGCUUCCCCUUGCUUGCUUCGCUCCAUUCCUUUCCGCACUCUUUUUUUUGGCUCCCUUUUUCUUUUCUUUUCUGUUUUCAAUAUAAAAGCCCAGGAUGUUGUAGAGGCCAAUGGGAGGACCCACGGUGAGGCUGGCGGCGACAGCCGAUGGUUGUGCUGAAGUCGCGCAGGCCGUGGUCGGCGUGGUGCACGUCUGUUUCCCGCUUAGCGCAGGAGGUGAACGACGAACGGAGGAAGAGAGGCGGGAGGAGGAGCGCGAUGGGGACGCAGAAGAUUCACUCCGUUGUGCACAGGAGGACGAUCGCGAGCACGACGGACAGGAUGACGAGCGGGACGAGGUGAAGGACGAGGACGAGUGGCGUCUUUCAUUUCCCGUGCGUUGUGAGGUGCAGCAGGCAAAGGCAAGAUGUGAACGCUAAAGCGUUAACUUAAAGACUAUCGAGGGAGGCAAGAUGUGAACACUAAAGCGUUAAGACUUUUGAGGGAGGCAAGAUGUGAACACUAAAGCGUUAAGACUAUCGAGGGAGGCAACGCCGGGCAUCAUUCCCACGUCCGGGUGCAUCCAUCUGCAUAAUUGCUGCAAGAAGGCGCUGACGAAAAAUUCGACAACGGAUGAGAUCCGGAUAAAACUCCAUAGGGAGA